AUGGCCUUCUCCAAGACUUCGCUCCUUACCACCGCCCUUGUGGCCAUGGGCUCUAUGGUCUCUGCCCAAAGCGACACUGCUUCGUACGAGCAGGUUGCUCAGAUCCAGCUCACUUUCCCUGCUGCUGAUCUCGUCCCCACUCCCCUCCCUUCCGACUGGCUCGACAUCCAGGGUGUUCUCAACGUCACCUUCGGCAACACCGCCGUCUCUAACAUCGGCGACGAGCUAACCGUUGCUCAGGUUCAGCCAGCUCCCGCUUUCCGCAUCAGCUCGCAGACCCCCGCUGCUACAAGCUCCUCCGUCUUCGGCAGCGGCAAGAAGUUCACCGUUGCUUUCCUUGACGGCGGUGUUGCUGGCAAGAAUGUCUCCACCGAGGUCUUCUGCCACUACCUCGGCAACGACUUCACCGUCGACUCCAACGGUCAGCUCCGCAACCAGACCGCUGCUCGUGUCGCCUACGGUGCUCCUCUUCCCGCCAACAACGACGGUCCUCACCGAUACAUGCAGCUUGUCUUCCAGCAGUUUGACAACUUCACUGCCCCCGCUUCGCCCGCUGCCGGUGCUUCCAUCCAGCGUCUCGAGCUCCAGAACUGGUACCGUCAGGCUAACGGUGGUCUUGGCAAGAUCGUCGCUGCUAAUUACAUCCAGAUUGAGGUCGGUAGCGCUACCGCUCCCAGCUCUACCUCGGCUGUUUCCCAGGCUAGCGUUACUGCCCUUGCUGCUAGCAAGAGCGGCGCUGCUGGCUCCAAGUCCGGUUCCAGCUCGGCCGCUGGCGCCACCUCAUCCGGCUCUGGCAGCAACAGCGCUGCUUCGUCUUUGCUUAGCUCCGUCUCGAUGGCUGGAAUCGUCGCUAUGGGCUCUGCUGCCUUGGUUGGCGCUGCUAUGCUCUAA